AUGUACCGAUAUGCUAUUGUUGCGUGUAAUAAUUGCCGAAAGUCUAAAGCGGCAUGUUCUGGUGAGCCAAAUUGUCCGAGGUGUAAAUGGAAAGGUCUCGAUUGUAUAUUUGAUGAGCGAAGUAUACUUAAACGAGAACGUUUAUCAAAAGUUAUAACUAAUAUCACAACUAGUAAAGAUAGAUUUCGUAGACCUUAUGUUUCAACUGCAUGUAAUCCUUGUGCACGAGCUAAAGUAAAGUGCUCAGGAGGUAUACCAUGUGAUAGAUGCAGUAAACGUGUUCACAGAGAAUGCAUAUAUAUAAAUAAGUCUGGAAAUAUUAGAAAUAAAAAAUUUGAUGAAUCAUUAGAUUUUGAUGAAUCUCUUGCGAUAUGUUCAUUAUGCAGUAAAUCAGGAAAUUUUUCAAACGAGUAUUAUCAGUGUGAAAUUUGCAUCAAUGAAUUUGGUUUAGAAUCUCUUAAAAAAUUCAAAAAUCAUAAGGGUGUAGUUCAAAUUUAUGGAAUCACACGUGAUCCAUUUGAUAAAAGUUAUUUGAUGGUAAUGAAGUAUGUUUCUGGUGGAAAUUUAUAUGAAUAUUUAAAAAGGUCUUAUAAAAGACUUAAUUGGAAAAAUAAAAUAGUAUUGUUACAGGAUAUUGCAAAAAGUAAUAGCGUAGUAACAUACUAUCAGUGGAAAAAAUCGGAAAAUAUGCAAUUUGAAGAAGCAGAAUCAAUUAGAAAGAAAAUUAUUAAAUCUUAUAAUUAUCAAAAAGCAUUGAAUCCUAUACAUUCAGAAGCCAUAUAUACAAGCCGCCCUUUAAAUAACAUGAUUCAAGAAUCUAUAUCAUGUAGAAGGUCUUAUAGUUAUUUUGAACAAUAUUCCGAACAAUCCAAAUUUGAUAUCAUGGCAAACAAGUAG